CGGAAAUGUCCUGUGUUGAUCUGGAGACUUUAAGGGUGUUUAGUAAGCAGAAGACGAGGCUCUAUCCACAGCGCGUAUACAGCGUGAACGCGCAGCAUCGCGCGCGCUAAAGCUGCUAAUCUUUGGCAGCUGGGAGCUCAGAGUCAGCGGUAUCCCAAAGCAGCAGAUCGCAGCUAAGCUGCAACUCCAACAGUAUCGAACUGGAGGAAAAUACAAGAAUACAUUAUCUUGUUGUCUUAAAAAAAACCCCACUUCAACAAGCGAUUUUUUUUUUGUAUCACGAACAGUCCACCGGCGUAGUUGCCUUCGUUCUGGGACAUUUUUCAUUUACGGAUAGAAGACACCUGCCAGUAUGAAGGUGUAGGGGGAGGAUCACUAAUCUGCUGGGAAAGCAGGAAACGGGUUGUUUCUUUGUAUUAAGGAGUAAUCAUUCCUGUUUGUUCUGCGGAUAUUUGCAUUUUCAUUUGCUUUGGUUUGGAGUCCGGUCGCUUGGAUUGUUAGGAUUUGGGGGUGAACUGCAUGUCUUUGACAUAAAAUUCGAUGUUUGCUCAUAGCUGGGAAAUACCGUCAGGAACAAGUGAAGCGGGCGGUUUGCUGGGAGAACUUAAACUGUGCAAUUGAUCCCCCUUUUUAAUGCGUGAUGUACCUGGAAUGAAAAGCGGAGAAUGGAAAUUCUUUGGGAAAUAUUUUUUAUUCUUCAAGCAAAUUUCAUCGUUUGCAUAUCUGCCCAGCAAAAUUCACCGAAAAUCCAUGAAGGCUGGUGGGCAUACAAAGAGGUUGUCCAGGGGAGCUUCGUUCCAGUUCCAUCUUUCUGGGGGCUAGUGAAUUCAGCCUGGAAUCUGUGCUCAGUUGGAAAAAGACAAUCUCCGGUCAACAUAGAAACCAGCCAUAUGAUUUUUGACCCCUUUCUCACUCCUCUGCGUCUGAAUACAGGAGGUCGAAAGUUUGGCGGAACUAUGUACAACACAGGCCGGCAUGUCUCCCUUCGUCUGGAUAAAGAGCAUUUGGUAAACAUCUCAGGAGGACCCAUGACGUACAGCCACCGGUUGGAAGAGAUCCGGUUACACUUUGGCAGUGAAGACGGUCAAGGCUCAGAACAUCUACUCAAUGGACAGGCUUUCUCUGGGGAGGUUCAACUUAUACACUACAACCAUGAGCUAUAUACAAACUACACAGAAGCAGCCAAAAGUCCAAAUGGAUUGGUGAUAGUUUCUAUAUUUAUGAAAAUAUCUGAAUCCUCAAAUCCAUUUCUAAAUCGAAUGCUAAACAGAGAUACCAUCACAAGAAUAACAUACAAAAAUGAUGCAUAUCUACUUCAAGGGUUAAACAUAGAGGAGCUCUAUCCUGAAACCUCUAGUUUUAUUACCUAUGAUGGAUCAAUGACUAUCCCUCCAUGCUUUGAAACUGCGACAUGGAUUGUAAUGAACAAGCCGGUGUAUGUAACACGGAUGCAGAUGCAUUCUUUACGGCUGCUAAGUCAGAACCAGCCAUCGCAGAUAUUUCUAAGCAUGAGCGACAAUGUGAGGCCAACACAGCCCCUGAAUAACCGCUGUAUUCGCACCAACAUCAACUUCAGCGUGCAAGGAAAGGACUGCCCCAACAAUAGAGCGCAAAAGCUGCAGUAUCGAGUGAAUGAAUGGCUUCUCAAAUAGUAACUAUAGAAAGUACAUUAGUAUCCGUAUUAACAAAAAAAGGAAAAACUUCGUAUCACAAGACUGCAUCUAUCACUUCUUCGAUGGACUUCGUAACAUUGUACAGAAAGAAAAGCAGAUAAAUGUGACUUUUGCACACUUAGCAAAGAGACCUUAAUUUCAUACUUCGACAACAUUUGAACACGAACUACUGAAAUACAAAUAUAUCUAUUAAACUUUUGAUACCUAAUGUUUUGGAGAGAACAGAAAAAUAUUUAAAAAAUAAAAACAGCAAAAAAACAGAUGGAGCUUUUAUUUCAUUGCCUCAUCGUCAGUGGGGGAAAAAGAAAGACUUUUUAGCCUUUGUACAUAUGGACACCUUGCUACAUAUAUCUCAGAACAACAUAACUGUGAAGUUGUGUUCCAGGAGCCAUGUGAUGCUUUGAGAGCUCAUUAUUACAUUCUUGUCAUUGAACUGAAGGCAUGCAGACCAUGAGGAUGUGGGAGCAACCAUAAGUCUACUUAUUCAAGUUUUUUUUAGAAAAAAGGAUAAUGUCUGCGUGAGUGUUUGGCCUUGUAAAUAUUAUUACUACCGCUGAAAAAAAAAAAGUAAAAAAGAGAAGAGUUAAGUAUUUUCCGCUUGGUGCACUUCGAAUUCUGGAGACAUAUUGAGCUGAUGCCUUUUUUUCUGUUUAAUUGUUUACAAUGGUCAUACACUGUGUUUGGUUAAUGUCAACAGCCCAAUAAAUGUGUUUGGAAAGUAAAA